AAAACUGGCGGGACCAAAUUUAAGGAGUCCAAUCCUAUGUGUGGGUGCGGCACAAGCACAGCCUAAUCUAUAUCCCUUCCUACCUUCCUAACCUACAUGCUUUCCUUUUGCUCACCGCUCUCCUUUAACUGUCCAAAUCAAGAGCCACAACAAACUGGCUUCCCGUGGCCGUGUGGCCUCAAAGCCGGCAGGUUGUGAAUAACCACCAGGGCCCCAAGGAAAUCGAGAAUGGCUGCCAGCUCUGCUUCCGGGGAAAAUCCCAUCUCAGGGUUGAAGAAGGUGAAGGAGGGGCAUGUUUGGGGGAUCCCGAUAUCUACUAUUGUUUCUCACUUCGGUACGAGUGGAAUUUCUGUUGCUGCUGCCACUGGCAUCACCCACCCUUUAGUUGUUUAACAAAUCAAAGUCCAAAAUUUUUACAUUCUGGAUGCUACUUGUUGGCUCGGUGUGGAAUCAACAUUACUGCUUGAAUAAUGUGAAGCUCAUGGGUUCAAUAAUUUUGUGCUUGAAUAAUGUGAAGUUAAUGGCUUCAAUAAUUUUGUAAAUGGGGUCACGUGUGGCAAGUGUCUCUCGGUGAUCAUGAUGUUUGGAAGUAUCCAAAAUGAAAGAAAUGGUAUAACCAUAGGGCCAACAUGAUGCUAUUUUGUGCAAGAACGACCACAGGCAGAAAUUACAUCGAGUCAGAUUGGGUUCUGUCAUGUGGUAUGAAAAUGUGAUUCAACUUGGUUUGGCUUGCAGAUGUUCUUAAGGUGAGGCUGCAAAUGCAGCUUGUUGGCCAGAGAGGUCCCUUAAUUGGAAUGGGAGGACUUUUUGUUCAAUUAGUCAAAAGUGAGGGGAUGAAGUCCUUGUAUCUGGGAUUAACACCUGCAUUAACAAGGUCAGUUCUUUAUGGUGGUCUCCGUUUAGGCUUAUAUGAACCAUCAAAAUAUGUCUGUGAAUUGGCUUUUGAGUCCACCAAUAUCUUGGUGAAGAUUGCUUCUGGAGCAUUUUCUGGUGCCAUUGCUACAGCACUGACCAAUCCAGUGGAAGUCUUGAAGGUACGAUUACAGAUGAAUGCAACUUCAAGCAAAGGACCACUACACGAACUCCAGAAGAUUGCUCAUGAAGAGGGCAUGGCUGCUCUUUGGAAGGGGAUUGGUCCUGCCAUGACUAGAGCUGCUGCAUUGACUGCCUCUCAACUGGCAACUUAUGAUGAAUCCAAGCAGGCACUAAUGAGGUGGACUCCUCUUGAAGAAGGAUUUUAUCUGCAUUUAAUCUCAAGUACGAUAGCAGGUGCAGUCAGCACCCUUAUGACUGCUCCCAUGGACAUGGUUAAAACCCGUCUUAUGUUGCAACGAGAAUCUAAGCAAGUUGGAAUGUAUAAAAAUGGAUUUCAUUGUGCGUAUCAGGUUCUGCGUACAGAAGGUCCUCGGGGGCUCUACAAAGGAGGCCUCACCCUUUUUGCAAGAUUGGGACCCCAGACUACAAUCACCUUCAUAAUCUGUGAAAAGCUACGUGAGCUUGCAGGAUUGAAGGCAAUCUAGGUUACAAGAUAUUCUUCUAUCUAGCAAAGGAGCUAGAGUUUACAUUACUUGGACGCUAUGCUUAUAUACAUUUUUAAGAUACACAAAUAGAACUCUUCGGUCCUGAACCAGGAGAUUACAAACUGCCUCACUAAUUCAGUAUCUUCCUCAUGCUAGAGUUGCUUCCAAUUGUCAUUUUCACAUACUUAUAGCCCAUUUUUGCUUCAAUAUCUGAUAGCAUUAUCAAUUUUUAUGAUUGUUUUGAUCUGUAAGGCCUGCUUAUUUUCUUUGUAAAGCAGCAGCAUUCGCCCUUGUACUCGCACAUUUUUUUCGUCAUUGUAACGAUUAACUAUUGAAUCGAUAGUAAUAUAUUGAUGAUCUCGUGGAGUUUGAUAAUAU